UUUUUGCGCAGACGGUCACACCGAAAAGAAAAAAUUAAGGAAAAACAUAUGAAAAACUGCUACUGAAUCCAAUUAAAUUAAGUGCAGUCAAUAGUUUUCCGCGCAAGAGUCCACUUCUGGAAACAGUCGUUGAAGUAACGUCAGUUGCUCGACUUUCGAGUGAACCUAUCAAAUCGCCAUGGACUCGGCCACCAAUCUUCUGGAGAGGCACAGCUCGACGGGCAACUUGAGCCAUGGAGCUGCCGAGGUGGAGGUGACCACCCAGGCUAGGGCCACUUUUGGCAUGGAUGCGGAAGGAAAUGCGGUCGCCAAGGGAGUAGCCACCGCAACGGCCACUUUGCGAGGCUCAGGCUCCGAGGAGGACAUCUUCGAGCAGGUGCAGAUGAUACUGCGGAAGCGACGCGGUUGGGGGCCAGAGGAUUCUCUCAGCGCCAACGAUUUAGAUCUUCUGGACGAUGACGAUGAGAUGGGCGACGAGGACGACGCCGGCUGUCCCCUUCCCUCGACCCCGGAGGACACACAGCUUAUCGAGGCAGAGAUGACGGAAGUUCUGAAGGCUGGCGUUCUUUCCGAUGAAAUUGAUCUGGGCGCAUUGGCCCACAAUGCCGCUGAGCAGGCCGAGGAGUUUGUGCGCAAGGUCUGGGAGGCCAGCUGGAAGGUGUGUCACUACAAAAAUCUACCCAAGUGGCUGCAGGAUAACGACUUCCUGCACCGCGGUCACCGCCCACCGCUGCCCUCGUUCCGCGCUUGCUUCAAAUCGAUUUUCCGCGUGCACACGGAAACGGGCAACAUCUGGACCCAUCUGCUGGGCUGCAUCGCCUUCAUCGGUGUGGCUGCGUACUUCAUAUCGCGUCCCUCGGUUGAGAUCCAAACGCAGGAGAAGAUCGUCUUCGGAGCCUUCUUCAUCGGGGCAAUCGUGUGCCUGGGAUUCUCAUUCGCCUUUCACACACUCAGCUGUCACUCCGUAGAGAUGGGAAGACUGUUUUCUAAACUCGACUACUGUGGAAUUGCGCUGCUGAUCAUGGGCUCCUUCGUGCCUUGGCUGUACUAUGGCUUCUAUUGUCACUAUCAGCCGAAGGUGAUCUAUCUGUCGGUGGUGUGCGUGCUGGGCGUUCUCUCCAUCGUUGUCUCGCUGUGGGACAAGUUUUCGGAGCCGGGCCUUCGGCCACUGCGCGCUGGCGUGUUCAUGAGCUUUGGCCUGUCCGGAGUGAUUCCAGCUGUUCACUACAGCAUCAUGGAGGGCUGGUUCAGCCAGAUGAGCCGCGCCAGUCUGGGUUGGCUGAUUCUCAUGGGCCUUCUCUACAUCCUUGGCGCCCUGCUGUAUGCCCUCCGUGUUCCCGAACGCUGGUUCCCUGGAAAGUUUGACAUUUGGGGUCAAUCACAUCAGAUAUUCCACAUACUGGUCAUCGCGGCUGCCUUCGUGCACUACCACGGCAUCUCCGAAAUGGCCAUGUACCGGGUCAUGUACAGCGAGUGCACCGUUCCCAUCGAACCAAUAACCUUUUAGAUGCUGAAGUGGAUGCCAAGGAACAAUCAUCGUAAAAGCACAUACAAUCCCAUACAUUUCACAUAUAUAUUACGCGAAUUAGCGCAGUUUUACAAUGCAACCUUUUUAGCGUUUGGUGAGCAUUUGUACCUUGUUAUACAAAUUCGAUGGAACUAUAUUCAAGACCCAGGCACACACAAGUUACGCGCAUUUAUCAUCAAAAUCGAACAUCAUUCUAAAGAGAACUUAGCAAAAACAGUUGAUUGUCGAAUGAAAUCUGCAGUAGAGUAAUUAAUAUAUGUACAAUUAUUUAUAAAAUUCCAAUUCGUCUACUUAAUGUUAUCCUAAGUUUAUUGACCUUUCGGGUAGUGCAGAGCUGCUUGCUUAUGAAAUUGGCGGAAAGCAAACAUCAGCCAGAAGUCAUCGCGAGAUGGCUUUCGCUCAGGGUUACCAUUGCUAUAAACGUUUUUAAACAGCCAGCCAAGCAAUUUCUUUUUAAGUUGUGCAAUUAGAUGUGGCACUAGUAUUUACUGUUUAGAAUCGUUAGGGUUGUAUGGAGUAAUGAUCAUACUUUUCAAUCGUUAAAUGAGGUCUGAUUUUACUUAAACCACACCACCAUACACCACCAAAUCCACAUCCCUACUCACAGACAGCAGGAGAGCGCGUUUUGAGCCUAAGAUAUUAUAUCACCGUAUACAUUAUAAUUGCAGAUCUAUCACAAAACAUAAGCGAAUCAAAACAAUAAAAAACUAAAAAGACUUCUAAA